AUGAUUAUAAUGUACUCAGCAAUUACUUGCAAUAUACGCCGUCGUUUUAUAUCAGUUAAUCAUGAAACACGAAAAACAUUUGCGAUAAAAACGGGACCUAAAACAUAUACUUUGAGAACUGCGAAAUACGAACGAUCAAUGCUAAUUCAAGCAGGAUUAACUUCUGGCGGAUUAAUACUUGGAAUUCUGAUAUUCAACCUCUUGCCAUUGACAAAAAUUUUCGAUCAAAAAGGCUUAGCUGCAAUGAACAUUUUCCAUUGCUUCUAUAUCAUCUCUUAUCGUUGUGCAUUGCCAACAGUAUUUUUCUUAACCAACGAACGUGCUCGUAAAUUUUGA